AUCUUGAAGAAUUCGGAAUAUACUCUUUAAUCUUGGAAGUUUGUGUUUAUUGUGUUUAUAAGUCACGUUUCUUCCAUCGUUUAAAUUUUAUUGUAAUCUAAGAAAAUAAUAUUGUUUAAACUAUAUAGAUGGAGGUUUGUGCCCAAAGAGUUAAAGAAAAACGACGAAACAGUGAAAAAAGAAAAGAAAAAUCCAGAGAUGCUGCAAGAUCAAGGCGAAGUAAAGAAAGCGAAAUAUUUUCAGAUCUCUCACAGGUUUUGCCUGUUCCGUCUACAGUUGCAUCCCACUUGGAUAAAGCUUCGAUUAUGAGACUUGUUAUUGCUCAUCUUCGGAUAAGAGAGCUUUUUAAAUCAAGUCCAUCAGAUGAAAAUAAAUCAUCUCAAGAUAUCUAUGAUAGUUUAUACCUUAAAGCCCUGGGUGGUGUCAUUAUUGUACUAUCUAUGGAUGGUGAGAUAAUAUAUGUCUCAAACAAUGUACCUUUGUUUCUUGGGGUUUCACAGGUUGAUCUUCUUGGGCAUAGUAUUUAUGAUGUUAGUCAUCCUUGUGAUCACUCUGAAAUCAGGGACCUUUUGGCAGGAAAGGCUAACUCAGAAGGACAGUUAUCUGUUUUUGUACGCAUUAAAUGUACUCUUACAAACAAAGGAAGAAAUCUUAACUUAAAAUCUGCCUCUUAUAAGGUCCUUCAUGUCACUGGAAAUUUCAUUGAUUCUACUGAGGGUAAAGACAAAUUUAGAUUUGUUACUAUAGCGCAUCCUAUACCUCAUCCAGUGGAUAUAGAAGUUCCCUUAGGAACUUAUACUUUUCUUAGUAAACAUUCAUUAGACAUGAAAUUUACAUAUGCUGAUGAAAGGAUGUCUGAAAUCCUUGGCUAUAACCCUGAAAGUUUAAUUGGAAAAUCUUUGUAUAAUUUUCAUCAUGCCCAGGAUAAUAAGGAUAUUGAAAGGGCAUUUAAAUCAUUGUUUGCAAAAGGCCAAUCUGAAACAGGACAUUACAGAUUUCUCGCUCAAGGAGGUGGAUUUGUUUGGGUUUGUACUCAGGCUACCGUGAUUUAUUGUGAGAAAGGAAAUAAACCUCAGAGUGUCGUUUGUGUCAAUUAUGUUGUCAGUGAAAAAUUAAAUGAGGUUGAAAUAUACUCAACUGAUCAGUUAGAAUGGGUUAACGCUAAGAAGCAGAAAUCCAUCGAAGAAUCCUUGAAUAGUGAUGAAAUACUACUACCCAUUACACCAAAAAUACUACCACGACCUCAACCAGCAACUUCUAAAAUAUUUGCUAAACGAACUGCUGACAUGAACAAAGGAUUCCUCAUGUUUUCUGAUGAUGAUACUGGUUUUACAAUGAUGAAAGAUGAACCAGAAGAUUUGACCCAUUUGGCACCAACAGCAGGUGAUGCCUGUGUUCCUUUGGGAAGCUUGAUGAUGACCAACCUAAUUCCUGACAGUUAUUGCCCUCUUAUUGAUGCUGACAAAGAAACACCUUUGUUUUCGUCAUAUAGAGAUGAUUGCUCUACAGGGUCUUUAUCUCCUUCACUUGCUCAGAGUCCUGGUGGAUGUAGUUUGCCAUCACUUUCUAGCCUAGGUGAAGAAUCUGCUCACUUUGAAGAAACUACUAUGAAAUCAAUCCUUGGAAUUGAUUUGGUUGAACAUGAAACUGAUGACAUUUCUUCUCGUGCUCCGUACAUUCCAAUGUCAGACAUGGAUGAUCUUCCAGUGUUGAUGUCUUCUGACUUACUCUGGAAUGUAAAUUACCCUGUUACAUCUGGCAGCAAUAAUUCAAGUGGAAGAUGCACACCCAUCAGGAUGGAACUGAAAUCUCAAACAACCCAACCGAACAGUUCUAGCUUAGCUCACCUUUUACAAGUGAAUAAAGAAAAUACAAUUCUCAAAUACCCAGAUGACCAGGGUGGAGGGCAUCGUAGAAUAUUUUCAUCUUCAGUUGACUCAGAGAGUAGGAAGCGUGUAUCUUCCUUAGAAGAUGAAAAUGCAAAAAAGAGGAAACAAGUAAUUCUUGGCCCUGACCAAGGAGGUGGAUCAGUUCUGAUGAAUUUGCUUGUAUCUGGCCAUGAUCUAAGUUCUGGUUAUAUAUGUAUUGAUCCUCGCCAAUCCUCCUUAAACAACAUUUUAAAAAAAGAAUCAUAACUUUUUUUUUCUUCUAACCCCCUUCCCAUUAAAAUAUCUUUUAACUUUUCACUUGCUAUCAGAGUAUUGUAUUAUGUUCAAAUUUUAUGUCAUGUUAUUCCAGUUAAAAGUUUAUUCUCUGUAAAUGAUAUUUUAUAGAUUCUUUGAUGUAAAAUAAGGAGGUAUUGGUGAAGGUUGGAAGUGUAUGGAUUUACUGUUCUCUUCUGUAUAUAAUUAACUAUAUUGUUAUGUAUUUUUGCACAUAAAUGGCACCUGAAUUAUUAACUGAUAAUAUAGAUUUGGAAUAUGUAUUUAUCAGGUGAUCAGCAAAUGAUUAUUGUAUUAUACUAAUGAUAAUUGUAAAUGUGUAAAAUAGAUACACAAAAUAAAUUCGCUAUGAAUUAUAUUGUAAAUAAACACUCACUGAGAACAAUUUUCCAACAUAUGCAUGUAUAGUAGUUCUAUAUGUUUUAAAUUAGCCACUCUAAUUAUGUUAAAAUCUAGUUAAGUCAGGUAUUUUUUCUGUUGAAAAAGAGCAAGCAUUUUUGUCUCACUUAAUUUAAUUCGUGCAUUUUGCCUGACAGUUGAAAGUAAUAUUCAUCGUAUUCUAUUUAAUAUCUUUAUUUUAUAGUCAUUUAUUUUAUUAAUAAAUUUAUCCAAAUGACCUAAUAUAUAUUUAAUAUGAUCUAUUUCAUGUUGAGUAUAGUUUCCCAGUGUCAAUAAAAAGUGCUUUUAAACUUGAUAUGUAUUGAUUUGUGUUAUAUCUGAAUACUCAUCUAGUAGUAAUUAAUUGCAUUAGAUAUUGGUUUAUCUCUCUAUGGAUUAUAAAUUUAUCUAUUUGGUAUAACAGAAAUGGAGAGAUCAGAAUAAUUUUGAAUGUUUAAUCUUUAUUUAUUUCAUACAAUUUUUAGAUUUAUUUUCUUUUGUUCAUUAUUGUUGAAUAUGUUUAAAAUUCAACAGUCAUAAAAUCAAAAACAAUCUAUAAUCAAAAAUUAAGUUAUUUAAGUUUUUCAAUAAAAUAAUGAGCAAAUGCCAUUUGCUACACUAGAAUAAGUAAAAAUUAAACAAUUACUUGCAAAUAAUAAAAUUCUGUCUCCAUAUAAAGAAAAAUAGAUUAAUAAUUGCACAUUCCUACUUCAAUUCAAUUUACUCGACACUAAGGAAAAUCCCUUAGUCUAAAUUUUUGUCUUUGUCUGAUUUUUUAAAUAUUAAUUUUGUUGUUUCCACUUGUAAUUAAAUAUUUCAUCUUUGUCAAUUUCAUAGAAAAUUUUUGAUUUUCGUUUCUUAAUCAAUACAUCUUUGCAUCUACUGAAAAUACCAAUAUAAAACUUAAUGCAGCUAGGUGCCUACACUAAACUGUCUUUCAUAGAGUGACAUUUAUAAAUUAAUGUUUUAUUGAUAACUGUUGGUAAAAAAAAUAUUUCUUAAUUAAUGUUUGAUGAUGUGAAUAUAACUAUUGAAAUAUUGGGAUAAUUAAAUAAAAGACUACAUUAUUUAUAUCCAUUUUUUAAAAAAAGAUUGUUUAAAAUAUGAAAUGCAAUAUAUUACAAAAAUGUAUGCUUUCUAAAUAAAUUUUCAUGUUAUUUUGAAUUUUAGGAUAUAUCCUAAUAAUUUUAUAUUUAUAUUCAUACAUAUUUUUAAUUACUUACAACUUAUGAUGUUUUGUUAAAUGCUAUAUUGUUGUAUAAUAAUGUGUAUUAUAUUAUUUAAUUAUAUAUUUCUAAUUGGAAAGGAUUACCCAUUGUUUUAAAUAGAUAUUGACAAGUGGGAAAACUUUUAAUUAAUGUUGAUUUUAAGUCAAAUUGAAAAGGGAUAGUAAUUGAGUGGACACAGGAUUCACCACAGUUAUGCAAAUCGAUAAUUAAGAAAAACCUUCCGGUAAAGAUUCAAUUUUUACAACCUUUUUUUAUCUUCUAAACUGAAUUUUAUUAACCUUCUAUCUAUUUAAUUACAAGACUGCUAAUUGAUGUUUAAUUUUGGGAAACAAGGGAGGUUAUAAUAUUACUUAAAGAAUAUUGAUUGAAUAGUAACUGAUUUCACACAAAUUCAAAUAAACAUGUUUUAGUUAAUCAACAAUUUUUAGUGAGUGCUUAUUAACAUCUUUGUAAAUUUAAAAUGUGAAUACAUCUUACAUUUUUAAUAAACACAUUAAAAUAUAAUGCCUUUAUAUUUUUAAAAAAUUAAAUUUAUAAAAUACAAUAGUUUUUGUAUAUGUAUUUGUACUUUAGAUAUUCCACAAAUAACCCUUAUUUAACUUUUCGUAGUUAUUUUUAAAAAUUUUGUUAUGAUUGAUUUAUUUAAUUUUUUUCAGUAUUCUGAAAUUAAUUCUAUUAUAGUGAUCAGGAGGUAACAUUUUUUUUGUUUUCACAUUUAUUUUGACUUAUAAAAUUUAUAAUGUUAAUUAUGUAUUCUAAUUCAA